GGUUCAAUAUAUGAAUUUUCGCGCGAUCCUGUUUUGACUUGACUCCUGCUGCAUCAGCUCUAAUAAUUAUUAUUCUUUUGUUUGUUUUCAUAGUUAAUCUUGAAAAUUAACAAUGUCUGUAGCAAAAGAAACCGACGAUGUGCAACUGCUUCCCUGUAGUUUUCAGUUUCAUGAUUUUCAUGAUCAAGUUGGCGAGGUUAGACUAGUAUGUCAAAUGAUGAAAAUGGAUAACAGUCUAUAUAUGUGGAUCAGUGAUUAUAACGAGCCAAAUAUGAAGGAUUUGUCGCUCGCUUUUACGAUAGAUAAUGAGCCAAACAAACCUGUUGUAUCGACAAAAAUCAUGGGGCCUGUUGUAGACGAAACCUCCAUCAAUAUUGCAAAUAAACUAUCCAAGAAAACGGGAAAACCUAUUUAUGUCAGCUUCAAUGCUAAUGCUGAUAAUCUCACGUUACCAAACAUCGAAAGAAGAAUUUACGAGGAGUUUAAAAAUCAUCCAGAACUUUUAGAACUGUAAUAUUGUUCAGCAGUAAUGAGCUUGUGAAGUGAGAUGUGGUAACAGUAACAAAUAUUUUUAUUGAAUAUGUAAAAAUUCUUCGAUUUAAUUUUUUAUAAAUGAGUAUAGAAAUAAAAACACAAAAUACAUAUUUUCAAGA